AUGAAACUUAUAGACGUAUAAAAUAUUGCAGCAAUUAAUAGAAUUGAAAAUGAUAAACUUUACCAAGUAAUUUGUUUUGCUGUAGAACUCGGGCAUUCUAGAAAAGUACUUAGAUUACAUAGAUUCUGUAUUACAGUGUAUACAAAUAGAAAAAGUGUAAACAUUUUCGUUAUUGAUGUUAAUAAAUAAAUUACUGAUUUAUGUGAACCAGGAUAAAAAUGUGUAAUAAUAGUUGAUUUAGAUACUGAUAAGAAAAUGUGUUCCGAUAAAACUUGUGUUAAAGUUUAAUAGGGUAGUUCUUAUACUGUAGGCGAUUUCAUGUAUGUUAAUAUAUGGCUUAAAGAUAAUAGUUAUACUAAAUAUUUUGAUCUUGUAAAAGUUGUUUUUAGUGAUGAUUCUGCAGUAUUUGAUUUUACUUAAAUUACCUAAGUUAUAUCUUAAACUUACGGUAAUAUUAUUUUAGCAAUAGAAUUAACUGAACCCUCGAUAAAAGCCACUUUUUAAGUUACUUUAAAUAUUAGAGAAAAUGCUAAUAUAUUAAGAAGAUUAAAUGGUAUAAAUGCAAAAGAAAAUAAAGUUGUUUAAAACUUCGAUGUUUAAAUUAUGAGUGUUAAAUAGAAUAUUCCACUUCUUCCAGGCCACUGUUUUAACGAAACUUAAAAAGAAAAGCAUAAUAAAAUUUAACAAUUUACAUUAGUAAACGGAGUUUAAUGUGAAAAGACAAAUUACAUAUCGGAAUAAGACGAUCCUAAUUUAUUAGAUUCAUUAAAAAUGGGUACUCCUCUGUCGCAUACAUAUGGAACAAAAAAAUAAGUAAUAAAUGAUUAUGUACCCCGGAUAUAGCCUCCAUGGUUAAAAUAUGAUAGAUAAGUAUUAAGAUUUUACAGCUAUUUUUAAGAAAGUGUAGUCGAGGAUCCCAAAGAGAACUAUCGUAUUCGAAAAUGUGUAAUUUAUUACUAUUUAUCUGAUGGAACAAUACAUGUGAAUGAACCAAAAACUGAAAAUUCUGGAAUCACAUAAGGAGUUUUUAUCAAAAGAUAAAAAGUUCCUAAAUAACUUGGUUCGAAUGAAUAUUAUACAUGGGAAGAUCUUAAUUUGGCAUAAAAUAUUAACCUUUUUGAAAGAGUCUUUAGAAUUAUAGAUUGUGAUUCUUUCACAAGAGAAUAUUACGCUUAUAUGGGUUCAAAAAUGAAUUAACCAGAAAGAAUUCCAGUUGAUAAUUUCGAAGCUUAUAAAUAAAUUAAAGAUAUUAAAAUUCCUCCUCCAGAUGCAAAAGAAUAUAAAGAAUAUAAUGAUGUUAAGUUAGGAGGUGGACAUCCUAAUACAGGUUUAUAAAAAUAUUUAGAAAAUGAUAGAAAAGUAUUAUCCUUUAAAUUACUUUGGAAUGACACAAGUCUUGAAGGAGGAUUGAAUUUGUUUACAUUAAAUUUCUUUUUAGCAGAUGAUACAGUAGAAAUCAAGGAAGUUAGAAAAUCUAAUAAUGGAAAAGAUCCAUAUAAUUUAUUUUUAAAUCGUAAAAAAUUACCUAAAUAACCAAUUAAUACUCAUUAUCCCGGUAUGACUUUAAAAAAAGAAGAAUAUUUUACUCCAUCAGAUUUAUUAUGUGGAUAAUUGAUUAAAAUAUUUUCUAAAGAUUGUUUAAUAUAUGAUUGUGAUCCAUAUACAAAAGAAUGGUAUUUACAUAAUUUGAGCAUAUAAUAAAUUCCGGCAUCUUUACCAAAAGGUGAAGUUAGAAAAACAUAUUAACCAGUGCCUCCUUAUAAUGGAUAUGGGACAGAGGAAGAUUCCUUAGGAAGUGUAUAUUAUUUAGUCCCAAAGGCCCCUAAAAAAGAUAUUAACAAAAUGUAUACAUAAGAUUAAUAUAUUUUACGUUUUGAAUCGAGAUUAAUUUCCUAAUGUAAAGAUGAUAAUUAGAGAAAAUUCAUCAUCUCAUUUUAUUGCGGAGAUGACACUAUUAUGGUUUAUGAAGAUGCUGAUAAAAACUCUGGAAUUUGGGGAGGGAAAUUUUUAGAAAGAAUGAUCCAUUAUAAUCCUAUUACUGGUAAAUAAUAUCAAGAAAUAGAUUUUUAAAUUGGAGAAUUAGUAUAAUUAGGAGGUUAUAAAUUCUAACUUUUGAGAGCAGAUGAAUAUACAGUCAAAUAUAUGAAGUCAAAACCCGAAGUUUUUAAAGAAUCUGAUAUUUAGUAAGUUGUUAAUAGAUUAAGAUAGUUCUCAUAGAAAUUCAAGAGCUAUGAGGACUUUUUGAUUUAGUUUGUUAAAAAUAUAGAUUAAGAUGCUCAAGGAUAAGUUGAUUUUAAUUAAGUUGUUAGGGGUCUGUAGAAAUUAGGGUUUAAUUUAACUUAUUAGGAAAUAUAUACUUUAAUUAGACAUUACAGUAUUGGAGAUAAUUUCAAACUAUCUAUGAAGGAUUUAUUUGUGGGAUUAGGAGGAAAAUAAAAUAUAGAAACUAAAUGAUUUAUAAUAUAUUUUUAUUUAAUUUUCAUUAUUAAUUAUAAUAUUUUUUUCUUUAUUUUUAUAUAUAUACUAAUUGCAAUAAUAUAUAAAAAUAUAUUAUUUGAUAAAUAUUUUUUAAUAUAU